UGUAUGAUGAGAUCAGAUAAUAGAAAGAGGUAAUGGCGCUAAUGUUAUUGUUUGAUCUCAUAAAUUUUCGCUUUCACGCUCGAGGAACAAUAGUGGAAGGUGUUGGAGAUGAAGUGUUAAUUGGUUUGGCGUCGACUCUUGGGCUCAUAGCGCUAGUUAGUAUUCUGUACAACACCCAAGGACAAAGAAACAUUCAUCCCUUACAAGAAGAGCAUGUGCGUGUAGUGCGUGACAGACUGGGAGUCCGACGAGAAGGAAGUGAUACAGGAGCGAAUGAUGAUCCAGUUCUGCCCGAUUCGCCACCUGUUACUUAUUCUACUGAUAGACGGUGCCCUGUUUGUCUUACAGACACGAAAUUCUGUACCACUACCAAUUGUGGACAUGUCUUUUGUGCCCCAUGUAUAAUAACAUACUGGAGGUAUGGAAGGUGGCUUGGUGCUAUCAACUGUCCUGUGUGCAGACAACAGGUCACUAUUCUAUUUUCAAAUUUUUCUGAGGAGGACAGAGCAUUACCAGAAGCAGUACAACAUAGACAUGAUAUGAAUGAGUACAAUCGUAGAUAUUCAGGAAUACCAAGACCUUGGAUGGAUUACAUUUAUGACCUGCCCACUCUUCUUCAUCAACUGUUUACUGAGCUGUUUUCUGUUGGAGGACUUGUCUGGGUUCUAAGACUCAGAAUCAUCUUGUGUUUUUGCGCAGCAGCUUUAUAUUUUGUUUCUCCUUUGGACAUCAUUCCAGAGUCUGUGUUUGGAUUUCUUGGUCUUUUGGAUGAUGUACUUAUCAUUUUACUGGUGCUGGUGUAUGUUACUGAAAUGUACAGAAGAGUGAUUGCCAAUAGAGCAGAACAACCCAUGUGAAGCAUCAUCAAAGAAGUAUAAUAAAUUAAAUUUAUGGUGUUUACAGUAUUUAAUGCUAUUUGGUAUUGGAAAUUAGGUUUUAAAAAUUUUUAGAAUACAUUUUUCAAAUCAACAAACAUUUUUCUUGACUGGGUGUUCCUCCUAAAGAGUGACACAAGAUUAAAAUAUCUAUCAUGUUUGAGUCAAUAGAAUUUCCACUUGAUACAAGCAUCCUUAAAGAGGAAUUCCAUAUUUCUGAGCUACACACUUUCAGUGGUCUAUUAGAAACAUUUGAGGUCACAAGUUUAGAUGGAUGAAGAAACAGGUUAUGUUUAAUACCAAUAUCACCAUUUCCUUGAUGGUGAGCACCAAUCAUAGUGUUACAGAGUGUAACAUUUUUAAAAUUAUGUUAUUGACUUUGCAAGUUGUAGAUAGUAUUUUGAACAAUUGUUUUAAAAUAACAAAUAAGAUAAAUUUAAACAAAGUAGUGAGGGUAAUUAAUCCCUUUAUAGUAUGCUUCAACUAUAAACAGAAGUACUGGCAGGUUUUUACGUACUUUAUCUGUCUUAUUUCUUUAUAAAUGGAAAAUAAUGACCUUUAGAUGAUGAAAAAAACUCUGCAGAAUGCAUGGCCAAAUUUUCAUCAUAUAUGGAGCAUGCAGGUCAGGCAAAUCCUUCUUUUUUUUUUUUGUUGAUAAGUUGUUGAUUUGCCUGUAAUUUUGCCUGAGUUUAGAACUGACUAAUAACUUCCUUUAUGUAAAUUAGAUGAAGAACAAUUCCUGGUGUAGAAUAAGGAGCAGUCAUCCAAAAGGUGAAUUAACAUAAUAGUAUUUCCAGACAAAUCUUUAAGAAUUUUUCACAAAAAUAAAAACUUUGAGGAAAAUCUAAGUUAAACAAGAGUUUCUAUCACACAUUAGUGUCUUAAAUUUAAACAUCAUUUUUCUAUUAAUUAGUCAUAGUACAACUUCAUUAAAUGUAAGUUAGCCAUACUAUAUUAGUUCAGAUAGAAAAGUUUAAGUUAGUGGAACAAUUUGAAACAAAUUAGAGAAAAAUAUAAACCACAGUGUAGGCAAGCAGUAGUGUUUUUAUCCAAAACCCACAAACCAUUUCUUUCCAAAGUUCUAAUCUGAAAGUAGCACUGUCUCCUCCAGCAACUAGACAUGGUUUAUGCCAGUGGAAUAAGUAGGAAGUUUGUCUAUUUCUGUCAGUAAUGGCUUCUCCAACAAUUGACCUUAUGAUUAACCCUCCUCUUCAUAAGAUUUCAUUUGUUAUUUUCUCUUCUAGCUGCUCCACACUUCCUUAUAAUUUAGUUAAAUGAAUUAAACAAUAUAGAGGAAAUAGACCGACAAAUUUUCCAUUGUUAAAUCUCUUUAUUUGAGUAUUUAUUCACAACACUCAACAAUAAACUGUACUGGUUCAACCCAACUGUA